AUGCCUUCGCUUUUCUCCGUGGUUCUUGCCAGCCUGAUGGCCUCUCCUAUCCUGGCCGCCAUCUCUUCGCCCAACUAUGUCCCCUUCGAACUGGAGAAGCGCGACUGCGGCUUCAGCUACUGCGAUUGCCAGCGCGUCCAGUGCACACUUGACUUUUGCUUCGACGACCAUGUUGAUCCCUGGAUUCUGGUCGACAGUGCCAUGAACGGCUACUACGGGGUUGACUGCGGCCAAUUCGACAACUGGGCGCGCAACGAGCCCGCCGAGUACUGCAACAACGGCCUCCGCAAGGGUAAUGCUCUCUUCUACAUCAACCGCAAGUUUGGAUCCCUCGGAAAAUCCUUCACCGUCAACUACAAGAACACCAACGCGGCGGACCCCCACCGUGGCUCUGUUUCUGGCAGCUGCUACCCUGUCCAGGACGUUCAGUGCAAAUGCCACUCCAGAUACAACGCUGAGAAGCACGACUGCUCGAACAGCUGCAGUGACUAG